AUGAAGAGCAGCUGUCUCGUGGCGGGUAUAAAAGGAGGAGAGUCGCGCGCGCGCGUUCAGUCGCCCAGCUCGGGCAGUGAAUGGAUGGUCGCUUGCGCUGCGUUGUCGACCCUCCAGCCUCCAAACCACUUGGCGGCGUCGAUGGCUGCGGUUGCUCAGACUGUCGAAGAUAUCAAGCAGCGGCUUACCGCAGCUGUUGAAAAAGUAAGCCCUGUCCCGUCAAAAUCACACCUAAAAUAAGUACAUAUCGCAAAAAUCGAUAAUUUCACAAUAAAAGAGUGCAAAAUCAUUGCGGCGAGCAAAAAUUGUGCGGACUUUGGGCAUUUUAAGCAUGUAAAUUCGUUUUCAGGAACACACUUUCUCGUAUUUUUUGUUCAUCAUCGAUUUCUCUGUAUUCUGUCUCAAUAAAAUACAAUUAAAGAUUUAUUUUUGAUUAAUCUGUUUAUUCAAUUUUUGAUUUUUGUGUUAUGUUUUGCAAUGCAAUGCCGCCGUCUUUUGAGGAAAGCCUAAAAAUCUGCGGAAAAUCUAAAAAAAAGUAUUCCAUUCCAAUCCCAAUCCGAUUUUACCUGUUGCAAAUGAACGUGUUUCUCUUCAGGAUGAUCAGACGUUAUGCGAAUCGUUGCUCAACGAGGUUCGACCGUUAGUGACGACCCGAGAAAUUCUGGAGGUAGGUGAUUCCCGUCUGUCUAUACGUUUCCUCGUAUUUCGUCGGCGUGAAGCCAGCCCCCCUGAGAGAGGAGGCAGCCUCCUCGGACGGGCUGCUUCGCCCCGAAUGACUAGUCGUGCCGAGGAGAUGCCACUCUCCGUCUCUCGCUCCUCUCGCCUGUCUGCCCUGUACUCUCUCAUCGCCCACUUUUUCUUUUCCUCACUCUAUUCGUAAACACUAGGAAAAGGCGAUCGAUGACGGGACUAUAGUCUGGUCGGUGAAGAUGGCGAGAGAGAAGGGGUUCUAGAAAAAAGAAAAUGAUUGGUGGAUUAUUAAAGUUAAGUAAAACUAAUAAGCCCCUAAAUUCAGGAAACUCGCAUCGGAUUCAUCGUCAACCAACUUCGUCGUCAGUACUUCAAGAAAUGGCCAACACUUUUGCGAAUAAGUCGAGAAGUGAUCAAAUCGUGGUCGGAGAUUGUGUGCGAUGAGGUAAUGAAUAAAGAAAGCUCUAGAAUUGGGACGUCACCUGUCCUUUCCGGCAGCAUGCAACUAUAUGCCAGCAUUUCCACCUCAUAAAUUGCAGGUUAAACGUCCGCAGAGUGGAGCCUCUUCUCGCAACACGACUCCGAAUGUGCUUUCGCCGAGUGUCGCCAAGUUGAUGCAGAGAGGGAAUCACGCCGAACACGCCUGCCGGACGACGAGUCACUUCCACCGGGCUCCAAGGUUUGUCCCAAUCAGAACAACGACAGAAGCUGCAAGAAUGCAUUUAGGCUCACAGGGAAGACUUGUCUCUCCAGCCAACGGCUCCUACGCUCCUCGUAGUCAGGUCUCUCCGGGCGAGGCGACUCCCACGGCUGCUGCCAACGGAAUACACAAAUCGGCGUCAGUGGGCGGUGAUCUCCUAAAGCACGCGUCGGGUGCACUGUCCGCGAAGCCAAUUACGCCGAAGGAAAACGGAAAGAGAAAGGCGACAGACGACGGAACGGCGCCGUCGAUGAAAAGAACGAAGACGGUCGCUGGCUCUCUUUCGGUCUCUGUCACUCCGGGAACUCCGACGACUGCGGCGCCGUCCCAGCAGACACCGCCGACGACGUCCGUACUGGCGCAGAGACAGGCCGUGCAGAGCACCAGCGAGCUGUUUGCUCAGAUGAGUCAGACCCUUCCUGGUCACAUCGAUAUCGGUACGGAUAUUAGAGAGCACGAGGAGAAGGUGAAGAGAGAAAUGAAGGACGAGGAGGUAAAAACGGAGCGAAUUGAGUGUGUAAAGUAGUAUUUGGUUUACAGCUGGCGCACAGUCUUCAGGCUUCCGCGAGUUUCGUAAACGUGCCGCUCGAACGGAAAAAGAGAAAGUACGAGCGGAAAAGCCAGAAGGGCACCGCGCCGGGCACUCCGGCCGCCGUCGCCUCGCCCAUGUUGCAGACUUUGUCGGUCACGCCUUCUUCGCUUUCCUCAAGUGAGUUGUUUUUCUCUGCUCCUCUUCGCGCGCUAUUGGCGGCUAUUCGUCAUUCGUUCGCAAAACAUCGCUUCUCUUGUUGAGAAGAAGAAGAAGAGAACAAAUGGGUGUGUGAGGGAAAGGGCUCAACCGGUAAACAAGGGGGGAAACAAAGAUGAUGGAAAGGAAGGAUGACGGUUGAAUACGAAUGAGAAGGAAGGGGAAACUGAACAAUUGAGAAUAAUGGAAGACAAUUCGGAGGGAAUCAUGAACAAAAAACACAAAAAAGGGGCGAUGGAAACGCAGACAUAUAGGAAGAAGGGCGGUAUAUUGGGAAAUGAGUCAUGAAAUGGAAGGAAUGAGAGACUGUCGGGUGACAGGCACAACCGGAAAUAUGAACUUCUGCAACAAACUUAUAAUUUUGCAGAUGCCAAUGAAGAGCGUCUCCCGUCCCUCGUGUUCCGCUUCCCAAAGAACGGACUCACCUCCACCGCCUCCACUCCGACCGUCUCGACGAUCAGCCCAGAUGACAAUGCCACUUCGUCAAAGCGAAAGUACGAGAAGAGCAUUCGCUCAAUAGCCCGACCGACGACGCCUCCACCAACUGUCGUCGCCAGGAAGGCGGAAAAAGAAAAAGAGAAAGAAAGAGAGCGAGAAAAGGAAAGAAGAGAGGCAAUUGAAAGGAAGGCGAAGGAGGAGCAGGAACAAGAGGAGGAGGAGGAUUAUGUCGAGGAGGAGAAACCGAAACCGGUGCUCAGCAAGCUUAAGGACUGGAAGUCGCUGAUUCCGUCGAUGGAAGAGUUGCGCCUGCGGGCGGAACUCGCCGAGAAGGAAACCAAAAAGGUGGUGGAGGCGACUGCCGUCGAGACGAAGAAGGAUCCGACGAAGGUGCAGCUCGUCAAGAACUUCCGACGCCCCAUUCUCAUCCUACCGUACCUCGAGAACCCGACCGGACCGGACUUUCUGUUGCACAAGUGAGUUGUGCAUCCUCGGAGUGAUCAUUCUAUUUUGUCCUUUUUCAGGUAUCCGAAUCGUCUACAGUACUACUCGGAAGAUAAUUUCCGUUUCGGAGAGAAGAGACCCACAGAGUGA